AUGGAGAGAAACUGUACUGGAUUGACUGAGUUCAUUCUCCUUGGGCUAACAGACCAACCACAGCUGCAAGGUGUGAUUUUUGCUGUGUUCCUUUUCAUCUAUGCUUUUACUGUGGUGGGCAAUCUUGGAAUGAUCGAAUUAAUCAGGACCAGCUCACGCCUUCACACCCCCAUGUACUUUUUCCUCAGCAACCUGUCACUGGUUGACUUCUGCUAUUCCUCCACCAGUGCCCCUCAGACACUGGUCAACUUCAUGGCAAGUAAGAAAACAAUCUCCUUUGCUGGCUGUACUGUCCAAUUUUUCUUUAUUUGUUUUUUUAUUAGCAUAGAGGGCUGCCUCUUGGCUGCUAUGGCAUAUGACCGUUUAGUAGCAAUAAGCAACCCAUUACUUUAUACAGUCAUUAUGCACAAGAAAGUUUGUAUUCAGCUGGUAAUUAGCUCAUAUUUUUGUGGCUGUGUGAAUGCAGUGGUACAAACCAGCAGCAUCUUCACCCUCUCCUUCUGUAGACCUAACAUAAUUGACCACUUCUUCUGUGAUAUUCCUCCUGUCCUAAAACUCUCCUGCUCUGAUACAAAAACCACUGAAAUUGUGCUUUUUAUCUUUUCCAUUGUGGUGGUGACGAGCACUGCUGUCAUGAUCUUCAUCUCCUAUGCAUACAUCUUCUCUGCCAUCUUGCAUAUUCACUCUGUGGAGGGCAAGCACAAAGCCUUUUCAACCUGUGCUUCCCACCUGACUUCUGUCACCAUUUUGUAUGGGACUGUGAUCUUCAUGUAUCUGCGUCCCAACUCUAAAUAUGCCCAGCAAAAAGACAAAGUUGUUUCUGUGUUCUAUACUCUCGUGAUCCCCAUGCUGAACCCCUUGAUCUACAGUCUAAGGAACAAAGAGGUGAAGGAUGCCCUGAGAAAGUAUGCAGGCAGAACAAGAUGUUCACAAGCAACAUAA